UGUUCAAAAACGAAAAAUCAAUGCGAGACGAGAGGAGGCGGAACCGCGAUUCACGAAGUUCGCCCAUUUACGACGCGACACAUUAAUCAGCCCCCAGUGAUUGCCACAGUCGUUGUAGACGUAGUUAUCUGCUCCGUCAUAUGAAAGUAUACGUUUUCGAAAAUUACACGGAUGUUUACUCGGAUGGCCUUUGAUGUACGUGUCUCUCAAAGCCGGCUUGCUUACUUCUUUUUUGUGGAAGCGGCCGGAUAACCAUAUGCUGUAGUCGUUUUCAUUCUUGCGUUCGGGCCAAAUUGCCUUUCUCCUUAGACAUUUUGUGGCUCACUUACUGUUGACCCUCGCCAAAUUCGUCACGUUCCAGGUGUGAAUAACAGCAGGAUAAAUCAUCGUUUGCAUCAAACUGCAACUAUUAGGCUGUAGUCACGGUCCGUUCUUCUGUGUUGACACAUCGUACAUGGCUCUGUGUAGGUUCGCAAAUAUUGCCACGAAUGCUUCUUCAACGUUGUUAAGGAGGCAAUAUAGGGAACUCUAGGUUGAAAGUUGAAGAGUUCAUCCCAUACCGAAGGGUGCACGCUGAAGAUACGCGAGCGACAGCCACCGAACAUGGUGUUUCGGGUGAUGACUAUCGCCUUGGUGGGGGGUGCCCUGGCUACCCUUUUAAAUGACAGUCCAGCGCACAGCAUUGAUGAAUUAUCUCUCGAAGACUAUGAUAUCGAAAAUUUGACGCGGUUUUUUUUCGAAGGUACCGGCGAUUAUCACGACCCUCUAAACUCACAGUAUCGACUCAGAGACCCCGAUGAACUGCUGAAUUGUUCGCAGAUUAUUCAACGGUACGGCUACCCCGCCGAGAACCACCUCGUCCAAACUAAGGAUGGCUAUAUACUCGAAAUUCAACGGAUUCCCUAUGGCCGUUACACAAGUCGACCAGCAAACGGCUCUCGCCCGGUAAUAUAUCUUCAGCACGGGCUGCUCUCAUCAUCAUUCGACUUCGUCGCGAACCCCCCUGAUGAGUCGCUCGGCUAUAUUCUUGCUGACCAAGGGUUUGACGUCUGGCUUGGCAAUGUACGGGGAAACACCUAUGGGAGGAAGCAUGUUAAUAUGACUCCGUCGGACAUGAGGUUCUGGGACUUUUCAUUUGAUGAGUUCAUCGCUAUUGAUGUGCCAGCCGUGAUCGAUUACAUCCUCAACAAAACAGGUGAGCAGUCGCUGUACUAUGUAGGCCACUCGCAAGGGACAACGAUAAUGUUUGGCCUUUUAUCGAUAAAGCCCGAGUAUCAGGACAAAAUUAAGGCUUACGUCGCACUGGCACCGGUUGCUAAUGUCACCACGAUCACAUCACCUGUGCGCUGGUUGGCGCCGUUCGCGAACGACUUGAGCUGGAUUCUUGAGUGGCUUGGAGAUGGUGAGCUGCUGGGUAACUCGAAGCUGAUAAAGUUCCUUGCUAGCACAUUAUGUACUUUCUCAGUCUCUAAGGGGCUAUGUGAGGACGUAAUCUUCCUGGUAUGUGGCAUAGACACUGUGGAGCUCAACGUGACUCGUAUUCCCGUCUAUAUUUCUCACACGCCUGCUGGUUCAUCCGUGAAGAACAUUAUCCAUUUCGCCCAAGAAAUUCGCGCGAGGAGGUUCCAGAUGUACGACUAUGGAGCUUCAGAAAACCAAAAGCGGUACAACCAAACCAGACCACCGCAAUACGACAUUACAAAGAUUACCAAGACGCCAAUCGCCAUUUAUUCCAGUAAAAAUGACUGGUUUGCGGAUCCUGCUGACGUCAACAUACUACGAAAAAAAUUGCCCAGUCUCGUUCACGAUUAUAGGGUGUCUGAAGCAAAGUUCACUCAUAUCGACUUUCUGUACGGUGUUCGCGCUAACACGCUGGUGUACAAGGACGUGCUAAGUUUCCUUGCCAGUUGCAAAACAGUUAUAAACAGCCGACAUCCCGUAAACUCAAAUUCAUCUUGCCUCCCCAGCACUUAAGCAUUUCUCCAUACGAACACGUUUAUAAAUCAAUCAUUAAGUGAUGCCUACUUUUAUUCUAUUUGCUAGUAAUUGCUCAUGCGGUACAUGACCACUACCAUCUUUGACACCGCUUUCAAUAUUGUCUUAGCGAGAGCGUUUGCACCUUUUCAUGUCCACACCGCCCUAUUUUUGUUUUAUCCUUUUGACCGGUUUUUGUGCGGGGUCAAAGCCUUCACUAGGACUGCAGAUCUUUAGAACAAAUGCGUACGCCUGGACUGGCAAUCUUGAACCCUUUGCCCCGCCGUGCGUCGUUGAUGCAGGGAAACAAGGGGAGGAAAUUUGAGGGAAAGGGUAAGCGAAAACCGCCUGGGGGUCCAACGAGAAAAUUGAAAAAAGUCUCUCAUUCCUUGUCUGUGUCGGAUCUUCGAUGACAAUGGCAGUGGUAACCUCUGCUACCGCAGGCGGCGGGCGGCACAGGAAAUAUAUUGAAGUCGACAGAUUGCUAACCUUUGCUUUCUCAGGAAACUGCUAUUCCCAAAGUAUACGGCUGAUAGAAGAAAUACUUCAUCGUUAUCAACAAUAUCAUCAACAUUGUUAGACUUUGCCCUUUUACACGAUAAAUCAACAAUGGCGCAAAAAUAAAUAAAUAAGUAAUCUAUAUGAUAUUGAAUGAAAAUCAUGAUUGACUUGUUCAGUUAUCUAGAACUUAAGAAGUUACUGCGAGUUUGUGUAGGUUUAUGUGUGUUUGUUUACGAGCACUUAGUAGCCGUAUUGAGUGCGUCGCCUGUUAUUUUUAAAUCUACGUCGACCUCGUCCUCUGGCUUCGUUAGACGGGUCUGAUAAGAAUCUAGAAAUCGGUUUUCACCCUCUCACCGUGCCUUGAAAAGACCGUCGGCCUAGCUAGGCAACUGCAGUUCUGGCUUUGUAAGUCGUAAGGAAGAUCAGAAAAAAUAUUUGGGAUAGACUAUACCUGAUAGUAACAUGCACUAAAACGCACAUACUAACAUUACAAGCUAGCUUACAGGUGUACCUUCGAAAUAGGCUCUAAAGGACGGCGGAUUAUCCAAGGAGAAAAAAAGCCUGGAUUAGUUGCAAUCUCUCUCAACUCUACAAACGUUUCACAUAUGUGAUUUUUACAGAAACAUUUUUAAGAAAGUUAUUACUAGAGGUUACUCGUAACAAAAAAAGAAAUAGCAAGUUAUGCUUUCAUAACGGCGGUAGUGAUACAGCACGAGCAAGUCUCGAGAACAGAUUUGCCUUAUAAAGGCUUAGUGGUCCUUUCUUUUCAAAGUCUUCUAAUAUAAGCGUUUAGGAAGAGUGACU